AUGGCAACAGAUAUAGGAUCACCUUUUAGCACAGAAGAAAGUUAUUUCGGACAGGUUAGACUAAAGAAAGACGAUGGAAUAGAUAUAAACGAUCCAAAUAAUAUUGUGGUGAUGAAGAAUAUUCACAAGACCUAUCUACUUGGAAUAGAAGGUGUACCGGCAUUGCGUGGUGUCACAAUGAAUAUAAAGAGAGGUGAAUUCGUAUGUAUUUUCGGUACUUCCGGUGGUGGUAAGACAACCAUGCUUAACCUAAUAGGAACAAUAGAUAAACCAACCAAAGGUGAUAUGAAAUUAUGUGGUAAAAUGAUAAAUCAUAAAACAACAGAUAAAGAUUUAGCAUAUAUAAGAUUAAAAAAUAUUGGAUUUGUAUUUCAAACAUUUAAUUUAUUGUCAUCGUUGACUGCUUUGGAGAAUGUAGAGAUGCCGAUGAUAUUGCUUGGCGAACUUUCAGCAACAGAGAGACGUGAACGAGCUAUUUCAUUGUUAACAAAGGUCGGAAUGAAAGACCGUCUCGAUCAUAUUCCUUCACAGUUGUCCGGUGGUGAACAACAACGUGUUACCAUUGCCCGAGCAAUGGCAAACAACCCCGAUAUUUUAUUAUUAGAUGAACCAACUGGUGAUUUGGAUACAGUAAAUACAUCGGUUGUAAUGAAGUUAUUGACAGAUUUAAAUAAGAAUGAAAAUAUUACAUUGGUUAUGGUCACUCAUGAUGUCGGACUCAAAAUGUAUGCAGACAGAAUCAUCUGGAUGCGUGACGGAAAGAUACAGCGUUUUGAGAGUGUCCAGACUGACGCGAGAAGAGAACACUAUGCCAGAUUAGAUCGUGAAAUACAAUUAAUUCAACAGAAUCAAAAAGGUGGAGUAACAAGUGUUUUGAAUGAAAAGAGUAAGAAUAGAGGAUCGAGUGUCACAGAGAUUAGAAAACCAACGGAUUACAAAUCGAUUGCUUCGUACUCUGCUGCUGCAGACAGUAGUAUCACCAAUGAUUCAGUGGCGAUCAAUCAUAGCAAUAGCGGAUUGAGAACAUCGACCUCUCCCAAUGUUCUCUCGGGUUCACCGUUCAACAUUGAGAACAAUCAUAACUUGUCGACCAGUACCUCUAGUAAUAUUAGCUUACCGAUAUUGAAUCACUCUACCAAUGUCGUUGGAUUGAACAACUCAUCGUCAUCGAUGAAACAACAAAAGAUUCUACUCGAUUUGGAGGAUGAUGAACCUGCAUCGUCCUCCUCUUACAAUAGCGUAGGUGGAAUGUCUGGUUCGACACCACUGUCGAUCAGCAACAACACCAUCAGAACUAACAACGAUGUAUAUUUACAAAUCAAUGAACAAUCGUCACAGCCAUACUCAAAGAAUUCAAUAGAUAGCAUAACAGAAGAUAUUGAAAGAAUACUUUAA